AUGAACUCUUCCAGCGAGAAAGCGUGGCAAUACUAUCAACGAAUCAAGGCUAGAAGCUUAGUGAAUAACGAUAUCUCUCUUGCCAACUCCAAUUACUUCCAAGUCAGGCAAAAAUGCCUUUAUUACGAGCUAGAACCUGCUAGACAAGUCACAACGAUUACUCUGCUUUGCUUUCUCCGCACCCCCAACCUGGCCCUCGUUGUUACUGUCUUACUUGGCACCAUUUUGACUGCCACCCCUUUGGCUGCCACCCCUUUGACUGCCACCAUUUUGGUUGCCAGCCUUUUGAUUGCCUCCCUUUUGGUUGCCGCCAUUUUGGUUGCCGCCAUUUUGACUGCCGCCAUUUUGAUUGCCGCCAUUUUGAUUGCCACCAUUUUGGCCUUUGUUGAUGUUAUUUUGAUCGUCCUGUGGGUUUCCGACUGGGUUGUUUCCGCCGUUUUUACCAUUUCCAGCAACGAAAUCCGCCAAAUUCUUGAGGCUAACCUUCUGUUCACUCUGGAUUGUCUCAAGAGUAUCGGCUGUGGUAAUGUCAUCCGGCGAUCGCUCCCCCUGGUUGCCGCCGUUGUUCUUGUUGCCGUUUCCAGUAUUCUUGUUGCCGUUGCCAGUAUUCUUGUUGCCGUUACCGGUAUUCUGGUUGCCAGUACCGGUAUUCUUGUUGCCGUUACCGGUACUCUUGUUGCCAGUACCGGUAUUCUUCGUACCGCCGCCUUGCCCACCCUGCCUGGUGUUUUCGGCCCGUUUGUCGCUCGUCCCUCUUCUCCUGCCGGCAUUCUUGUUCGAGUUUCCUAG